AUGUGGUCAAAGCUCGUCAAAAACUGGAUGUUGCAUAGAACUUUAUUUGUAAUUAUAAACAUCGUUAAUGGAAUAGUAUUUAUUAAUGAAAUAGUAUUGCUUGCUCAAGUUAUAGUAAGCUAUACAUGCUCGGACGUUAAUAUUCUAAAUUCGGAUUGUGCAGACGUAUUAAGUCUUGAAAGGUGUUCGGAUUAUUUGGCCGUUCAUUUAUAUUAUAUAUUUGAUACUAUUAGGCAGUUCUGUUAUUUAAUUAUUAAGCCUGGUAUGCUAUUUCUCGCAUAUCAACGAUGUUAUGCAGUCUAUAAAUCAUUUUUAGGAGCUGGAUGUCAAUUAGCUAAUUAUUUAGUUAUUAUAUCUCGUAUAUUGCUAUGGCUUGCUUGGUGUAGCGUCGCCAUUUACAAUUAUAUUAAAUGUCAAGGAUCAUAUUGUGACCCUCAAUGUGAAUUCAUACCUAUAACUUUUGUAAUAAAUGAUGCAUUCGCGACAUUUUACCGUGCUUACUACAUUUUGUUAGAACUUCUCUUUUAUAUAAGUCUUUUUAGAAGGAAUCAACCAGACAGUCUUGGCGAUGAAAUUAUCCGAGAUAUUAGUAGACAAAAAAUUCUAUUUGGUAUUGAUAUAAUACAACUCUUAGCAAUGUGCGCUUAUCGAAUAGUAGGACUG